UCAUCCCACUGAAUGUGUUGGAUGGGAAACAUAUUUUGAGUCUUCAGCAAAGAAAGGAGGAAUGAAGCUUGCUCCCCAUGAGAGCGCAAGGAAACAUUCCAGACUUUUUCACAACUUUUAUGUUCCUAUUACAUGCAUGUGAGUGUGUGGCACUUCUUUUGUAUUCCUGGAAAAGAAGAGACAUAGUUUGUUGAACUGCAUGGCACUGCUCAUUUCUGUGUAAUGCAUGUUAUUUCAGAAAAGCAUUUAGUCUUGUCACUGAACCUUACACUGUGGUUAAAUAUUCAAGCAUGCAUGUGUGUACACUUAAAUGUAUGUUUGUACUAAUAAACAUGGUGUUAAUAAUCAGACAUUCAGUUUCACAUGUUUGAGACAGGCUUUACAUUUUAUUUCCUUUUUCCAUUUCUUGUGUCUACUAAUUCACUUUACUUACUGUAGUUAUUUACCUUAUUUUGACCACUUCUGCUGCUGCAUAAAACAUGUAUUCCACUACAUUUUCCUCUGUCGUCUCCGUACUUUUUCUUUUAUUCCUCUCAUAUUCGUGUGUUUCUGCUGGGAUGGACUCUUGCCAAACUGAGGAAGGUUCACCAAGUGUCUGCAUGCCUAAAUUUGAGAAUGCGGCUUUCAACCGUACCAUAAUCGUUUCAAAUGUGUGCGGCUCUCCUCCUGAGGACUAUUGCAUGCAAACGGGUUCUACACGCUCCUGUCGCCAUUGUGAUGCUUCAGACCUCAAGAGAAACCACAAUGCCACCUACCUGAAUGACUUCAACAGUGAUGAGGAGCCUACCUGGUGGCAAAGCCAGUCCAUGUUCUAUGGAGUGCAGUACCCCAACUCUGUUAAUCUAACACUACACUUGGGUAAAGCCUAUGAGAUCACAUAUGUCCGGCUAAAGUUCUACACCAGCCGCCCAGAGAGUUUUGCCAUUUACAAACGUACAAAUGAGACAGCAUCAUGGCAGCCAUACCAGUACUACAGUGCAUCCUGCCAUAAGACCUAUGGGAAGGACUCCAAGGGCUUCAUCCGACCUGGAGAGGAGGAGAGAACAGCAUUCUGUACAGAUGAGUUUAGCGACAUCUCUCCAUUAACAGGAGGAAAUGUAGCUUUUUCUACCCUUGAAGGAAGACCCAGUGCCUACAACUUCGACCAGAGCCCAGUGCUCCAGGAAUGGGUGACAGCUACAGACCUACUGAUCUCGUUAAACAGAUUGAACACCUUUGGAGAUGAGUUCUUCAAAGAUGCCAAUGUGCUACGCUCCUACUUUUAUGCCAUCUCUGACUUUUCUGUGGGGGGCAGAUGCAAGUGUAAUGGGCAUGCAAGUGAGUGUGUGCCAAAUGAGCAAGGCCAUUUAGUGUGUGUAUGUGAGCACUACACUGCUGGGACAGAUUGCCAAAACUGUGCCCCAUUCUACCGGGACCGGCCAUGGGCUCGUGCCACUGCAGACUCUGCCAAUCAGUGUAUUAAGUGUAACUGCAGUGGCCGUGCAGACGAGUGCGUGUUCGAUGCAGAGCAGUACCGCAGUAGAGGUAGCGGUGGACGGUGCAUUGGCUGUAGGGACAACACAGCAGGGCCGCAUUGUGAAUGGUGCAGAGAAAAUUUCUACAGAUCAUCUCCACUUCUUCCCUGCAACAACUGCAGCUGUAACACUAUGGGCUCUGUGAGUUUGCAGUGUGAUGAGGAAGGCAUGUGUCUCUGCAGGCCGAGUGUGGUGGGGGUAAAGUGUGAUGUUUGCAGGCCUGGAUUCCACUCCUUUGGACCAGGAGGCUGCAGGUUAUGUGAGUGUGAUGAAAGGGGCAGUGUAGGCAUGUGUUCAGCUGGAGAUGGAAGGUGCCAUUGCAAAUCCAAAGUGGAAGGACAUUCAUGUGACAGGUGCAAACCUGGCUCCUUCAAUCUACAACCCGACAAUCCACAUGGCUGUCAGAUGUGCUUCUGUUAUGGCCAUUCACUAGCAUGUUCAUCCUCCAGUCAGCAUGUGGCCUUCAACAUUACCUCCAACUUCACUGAAGACACUGAUGGCUGGCUUGGUGAGUUCUCAGGGCAUCAUGAAGCCUCCCUGAUAUGGAAAGAAGGAGAAGUCUACCUGCUACCCUAUAAUGGGGAGGAUGUCGGCUACUACAAAGCACCAGCAAAGUUUCUGGGGAACCAACUGCUAAGUUAUGGCCAACACCUUAUCUUGUCAUUUACGGCUGAAUCAAGUGAGCUGCUGCCCAAGAUUGUGACUGUGAAUCUCGAAGGAUCUAGACUGUCAGUCAGUGCCAACAUGUUUUCAAAGCAGUAUUUGGACAGUGAGCCUAGCCACACACCCCAUAACAUCUUCAUGCUCAGGUUAACUGAAACAGAGGUGAAUCCGCCACUCACUCCAUUUGAGUUUCAACAUUUGCUCAACAACCUGACUGCACUACACAUUGGCAAUGUGGGAGGACACAACUAUACCUCCCAGCUGUCUGGGGUGACACUGACGUCUGCAACACUAGCUGAGUCCUAUUCUGACAUCCCCCUUGCACCACCUGCCCCCUGGGUUGAGGUGUGUACCUGCCCACCUGGAUUCAUGGGACAAUUUUGUGAGCUGUGUGCACCAGGUUUUACCCGAGAUAGUCCUAAUGGCGGGCCAUAUUCAACCUGCGUGCCAUGUAACUGUAACCAGCAUGGGAUGUGCCACCCAGAAACAGGUGUUUGUGACUGCAAAGACUUCACAACCGGUGCCUCUUGUGAGCGUUGUGGGGAUGGUUACUAUGGGAACGCACUGACUGGCAGCCCAGGAGACUGUGCGCCCUGCCCCUGCCCAGGCCGUACCACUUGUGCCCAGGUGCCAGAGACAGGGGAGGUGGUAUGUACCAGUUGCCCAGCAGGACAAAGGGGAAUCAGAUGUGAGUUAUGUGAGGACGGUUUCUACGGUGACCCACUUGGCUGGCGUGGUGAGGUGCAGCUGUGUGUAAGGUGUGAGUGUAAUGAGAACACGGACUCCAAUGCUGUAGGUGUGUGCGACCACGUGACUGGACGCUGCCUCAAAUGUUUAGGAAACACAGAUGGGGACCAAUGUGAAAAAUGUCAAAGCGGUUACUAUGGAAAUGCUCUGGAUAGGAGCCUGAGGCCUUCCCAAAAGUGUCUGCCCUGUGUCUGUAACCCUGCUGGCACUUUGGGGUCAGUGAAUGAGUGUGAUACUCGCACAGGAAGAUGUCUGUGCCUGAGGCAUGUGACAGGAAGAGACUGUGGACAGUGUGAGUUCGGCUACUUCAACCUGCGGCCAGGGCUGGGCUGUGAUAACUGUAACUGUAAUCUCAUUGGCUCCUCAUCCCCAGCGUGCCACCCAAUCACAGGCCAGUGUAUGUGCCAGACAGGUAUUGAGGGCAAAAUGUGUGAUGCCUGUCAAAUGGGGUUUUUUGGCUUUUCCUCCAGAGGCUGCAGAGCCUGUAAUUGUGACCCAAUGGGAUCAGUGUCCAUGCAGUGCCACACCAAUGGGACAUGUUCGUGUCGCCAAGGUUUUGUUGGUUAUAAGUGUGAUAAGUGUGAGCUGAACCACUACCAAAACCCCUUGACACACCAAUGUGAGGAGUGCCCUGUAUGCUACAGUCUCAUCAGAGACCAGGCAACUAAACUCAAAAGUCAACUGUACAGUUUAGAGAGAUUGCUUUCCAAGUAUGACUGCAAGAGCUUCAGGCAUCAAAUCUAUGUGCGUCCAAAACAUGUACUCCAGCAUCACAGGCUCGAGAAUCACUUGCAUGGGCAUCAAGGGGAGGAUUACUUACCCAAUGCUCUGGAGGAUUUUCUCACUAUCCAAGAGACACGGGAAGCUUUCAUCCGCCAGUUCACACAGCUGGAAACAUCUGCACAAGCCCUGCAGCUGCAGCUGCAUGACUUUGCCAGUAGAAUGAACUGCAGCCUCCUGAAGGAAGAAGGAAGCACAAGCAGUGAGGAAGAGAACAGUGCGCUGAAGGCAACUAACAAGUGUCGAGCUCUUGUGGACACAUUUGCUGCUGUUACAGAAUCGCAGGCACAGCUUCAGAAGAUGAUCUCAGACCUUAACAGUUUAGUAAUCCCAUUCAUAAUCCCAAAAGGACAGACAGAGUGGAACAUCCUUGUGAAUGAAUCAGAAGCUUUGAUGAAGAGUCACAAAGAAAUGGCUGCUCAUAUCGAAGGGCUAGCUGGAGAGGCUUUAAAAGUGUCUAAUAAAACUUAUUCCAUACUGCUGGAUCUACUGGAGGAUAACUCAACAGAGCACCAUUUACAAGAGCUUACUGAGCAACUGUUAGAGAUGCAGCGGCUGAAGGAGACUCUAACACGACAGGCAAAUGAGACCCAUGCUGCCUACCUGUCAGUGGAGGAGCAGAACAAAGAAACAGAGGCCAUUUUACAAAACGUCACCUCCACUCUCCCCAAACAGAACAAGGACAUAAAUAACAUCUCUCUGAACACAACAUCUGCAGAGCAGCUCAGUGAAGCAGAUGAUACAAUAAUACGGAAUACACAGUUGAUCCAGACUCUAGACCUGACCGACAGGAUGGCUGAGCUGGAUUUGCUAAUCCAGUCCAAGGAACAGUUGCUAAAUAAGACCAGAGGGGAGUUGGAACCACAACUAGAAAAUGCACGCAACAAUCUAAACACCACUGAAGAGUUCCAGCAGCUGACGGCACUUGCCCAGGGGCUCAGAGAGACAGCCCUUACUUCUGUCGUGGAAGGAAAGAAAAUAGAGUCAGAGGCAUCCUCUCUGCAAAGACAUAUAAAAGGCUUAGAGAAGGAGUGGGCUGUUGUGCGUACUCAGACCCGGGCAGCUCUGAAGCGAGAGGGCAUAGUGAAGGAGAAGAUCCUGACAGAGGUGAAGAAGAAGGUGAUGCAUGGUAAGAGAGCACUGAGACCUGCACUGGAGAAUGCGAUACAAGCAAGAGAUGCAGCAACGCAGGUCCAGAAGACAGCUAAUUCCGCAGCUAAGGAUGCUAAAGCAUCUUUGUCACAGGGAAAGCAGAAGAAGAAGGUGUCUGCCCAACUGAACACAGCUGUGAACGCAGCCAUGCAGCAGUUGACAGAGCAGGAAAAUUUAGCUGCUCAGGUGGCAGGAGAUGUGCAAGACGAGGCUGAUGUUUCUUUAAAGAGAGUGAUAGGCAGCAUGGAAUCAGCCAAGAGCCAGCUGGAGGGUUUCACGCACAUGCUAGCCAAGCUGCUUGGUCAAAUAGAAAGGAACACAGACGUGGAAAAGUAUGACCGCGUGCUGAAUGAGACAGCUGCACGUCUCCAGGUUCUCCGGGGCAAUGUGGAGAGCCCAGUGCUGAACAGGAAGUUCCAGAUACUUCUUGGAGCAGCUGAAGCUCAACAAAAACAACUCAUGGAGCUUGAAAAGAAUCUGCAGGACAUCCAAGGAGAGCGAGACAGCCUGACUGAUAUUGCCCAGAAUCUGCCUAAAACAUGCCCAAAGAGGAGCUAAAGAGAAGGAAUAGAAGAGGAUAAGGAAUAUAAACACUAUAUUUGGCAUACUCAUUUUUAAAUAUUUGAUUUAAAUACAUUAGCUGGAUGUAGAUGGGGUGGGAGAGGGAGUGGAGUGUGCUCAGUGAAAAAUUCUUCAUGCAGUUCCAUGUUUAACCACGUGGUGUCACAUUUACUCUAAAUGCUCUAACAGAAGUUUGGUUUCUGACAUUACAUACUGUAUACAGUACAACCAUACACGUUUGAAUUGUAUUAUAAACCACAGUGAGGUCCAAUAAAAGAGUUGAAAGUCUA